GAUCAGAUCCUUGUGUUCAACUCCUUCCAUGAGGGCAGCUGGCAGGAAGAAGAGCGAGCGUCAGUCAUAUUCCCAUUCCAAACAAAUAGGAUCUAUACGGUGGAAUUUGUCGCAAGUGGUCGAAAUACCGUUUAUGUGUAUGUGAACGGACAAUUACUAUACGAGUUUCGCGAACGUCAAUCUGGCACGCAUGUAGCAUCUGUUGAAGUUGGAGGCGACAUCAAUAUCCAUUCAGUUCAUAUAAUCUGA